UGUGUUGGGCGGGGUUGGUGAUGCAUUGAAAAACAACUUAGAUCUUGUGGCUCAGCGGGUUUUUCGGCUUCUCUCGAUCCUGCCCGAAUAGCUGCCCCCUCUCUCUCUCUGUGUGUCAGUGUGUCUUUACCUCUCUCUCCCACUCCCCGUCAGUCUCACCUUGUCUUUCUUCAGCAGCAGCAGCAGCAGCAGAAGUCUCAACGGCAACAUGUUUCUGGCAAAGACUUUCAUCAAAGGCAUCGUAAAUGUCGUGGGCGACAUCGACCACACGCAGUUUAUGCCUUCAGCCCCUGCUCCCCCUCGCAUACCGCUGCACCUCGCCAAGGCUCAAGAGACCGAUGAGGAGGCGCAGUUCAGGAGAGUUUUCAAACAGCUGGCUGGAGAUGACAUGGAGGUCAGCCCCACUGAGCUGAUGGACAUCCUCAACAAAAUCAUCACCAAACAUGGAAAGCUGAAGACUGACGGUUUCGGCAUCGAGUCCUGUAAGAGCAUGGUCGCUGUCAUGGACAGCGACAGCACCGGGAAACUGGGCUUCCACGAGUUCAAGCACCUCUGGACCAACAUCAAGACGUGGCAGGGCAUCUAUGUCGCCUAUGAUGAAGAUAAGUCAGGUGUGAUCGGCUCUCAAGAGCUGCCGAAAGCCUUCAAGGCUGCAGGUUUCCCUCUGAAUGAGGACCUCUUCAAGCUGAUUAUCCGUCGCUAUAGUGAUGAAAACGGCAACAUGGACUUUGACAAUUUCGUUGGCUGCCUGGUGCGACUGGACGCCAUGUGCAGAGCCUUUAAGACCCUGGAUAAGGACAACAGCGGCUCCAUUGACCUGGACAUCAAGGAG